UACUUCCCUUUUGUGGUGUCCUGUGUCUAGGCUGUUGACUUCUCCCUUCGCUAUUAGAAGAUAUGAACAUGAUCAAAACAUUUGAUUAACCAGAACAUAGUGCUUACAAGUUUUAUCACGCGUCAGAUGCCAAAUGUCAAUGCCAGUGAAUCUACUUCUCCGCCUGAUGGUGGAAAUGGAGAGGAACCAUAUGAAAACACACCACUAAAUCACUCAGGUUGUGUCAGAGUAACACCAGUGGCUAAAUCGUCCAAUAACCAGACAAAUAAUCAGACUGAAUUGGCUUUUUUACCUGUUGGAAGUCAUUUUAAGACACAACAGUAUGUGAAUCCAGAUGGUGGAGAACUGGACCCUUCAACACAAAUACAGACAGACACUAAUGUGAAAGAAAAUACCAACACAUGUUCCAUUGAGAACACAAGCCAAACACAGAGAGGAGAGUUGGGUAUCACUAGUACUUCAUUUAUUGGGCCUGUGUGUCGCCCAGAGCCAUCCAUCGAGCAGGAGCUUUGUGAAUUUUACAAAGAGCUUGAGGAAGUUGAUAAGGUUGACGUCAGUGCAGAAACCAAAACGUUUGAACAGCAUGGCCUCCAUCCUUCCAGCAAGCCCGAAAGCGAUCAACCAAACAGUACAGACAUUCCUGUUGUCGUAACUGAUCACGGCAGAGCCUACAGACCUUACCCAGAUCCACAUGAACGCAACCAAAAAGAUCCACAAAGAUGGAGGCCUCGCUUACAAUGUAAUAUGGAGGACUUUGGUAGAGGAGGAUAUCCAGAGCCAUGGUAUCCUCCUCCACCAUGGCUUCCUCCAGACCCAAGGGUGCACUUCUUCCCUCCCCCAACCUCUGAGGGUGCUAUCAUAUAUCCUCCAGACAUGAGAUCUCAGGAGAACGUCUUCCACAGUUUUCAUGCCAACAACAACAGCUGGGGCCCAUGGGAAGGACCACCAUUACCUUCAAACAGGUGGAGUGAACAAAACAGGCUUUUCCAGUCACAUGAGCAUCCUGGAUUCUCUGAGGAAUGUCAACCAUCUUCAACACACUGGCAGCAGCACUAUCAUGAAAGAGACCAAUAUCAGCAUUAUGAUAACACUGCUUUGGUACUCAUUUUGUUGAGGGGAGUCCCAGGAUCUGGAAAAUCCACUUUGGCCAGAGAGCUCAUGUCCACUGGUCCCAAUGGAGUAAUACUGAGCACAGAUGACUACUUUUUCCAAGACAACGGAUAUGAAUUUGAUUCGGCUCUGCUUGGUGAUGCGCACGACUGGAACCAGAAGAGAGCCGAGCAGGCGAUGUUGGAGGGCCGCUCUCCCGUUAUCAUCGACAACACUAAUGUUAAAGCCUGGGAAAUGAAGCCUUAUGUUCAAAUGGCUUUAGACAACGGAUACAGAGUGGACUUUCUUGAGCCAGAUACCCUCUGGAAAUGUGAUCCUGCCCAGUUAGAAAAGAGGAACAAGCACGGAGUCCCUCGAGAAACAAUAGCAAAGAUGCUGGAUGGUUUCGAGCGGCCGAUGAAUGUUGACAUUGUGAUGAAUUCUGUGGUGCCUCUGCAUAAAAAGAAAGAACGUUAACAGAGAACCGAUGACAUUUAGCUGUUCUUCAAAUAGAAAUAUUAUCAUGUUAUCAUUCUGAAUGAUAGUGGUCAUAUAUAUAUAUAUAUAUAUAUAUAUAUA